AUGAUUAUCGACAAUGGUCUGCUAUUCCAGUUCUUUGAACGACCAUCCGGAAACUUUGCGUCUUUAUCAACUCGAGCUCUCAAAGGUUCGAGCAGUUUAUCGACCUGCAGAAAGAGAUGCUUCAAAAGAAGGAGCCAUUUGCAAAGCACCGUCGGUGGAAUGGCGUUCAAGAUCGGAUCCUAA